GUGACUCACAGCUGAUUUCCGGCCCCACCCCCGCCUCCUGGCCGCGCCGCCCCAGCGUCGGUUAGCACAGUGGUCCCCGGCCUCGGCCCCGCGCGAUGGCGCACGCGGCCCCGACGGGCGCGCAGGAGCAAGGCGGCCCGAUUCGCGUGGAGCACGACCGCCAGCGCCGCCAGUUCUCCGUGCGCCUCAACGGAUGUCAUGACCAGGCUGUCCUACUUUACGAGUAUGUGGGCAAGCGGAUUGUGGACCUACAGCACACAGAGGUACCAGACGCCUACCGAGGGCGUGGCAUCGCCAAGCAUCUGGCCAAGGCUGCUCUGGACUUCGUGGUAGAAGAGGACUUGAAGGCCCACCUCACAUGUUGGUACAUCCAGAAGUAUGUCAAGGAGAACCCCCUGCCGCAGUACCUGGAGCACCUACAGCCAUGACCCUGACAGCUGCACGCAGGAGUACACCCCACAGGCCUUCCAUGUGGGCCUCACCCAGCUCAUGGGCUCUCAGGAACCUGCUCCUGUGGGGACAGGCUCAGAGUUAUUCUUUUAAGGACAUUCGUCUGCAUCCCUCAUUCAAGGUUUUGGGGGCCAGCUGCUGGCAAGGAUAUACGGAGGUCCAGAGUGGGACGAAGGGUAGGCCAGGCAGGCAAGAUCCCCUUCCCACAGAAAUUCUCCAGCUAUGCAGAGGUCUCCCUUCUACCCGCUGCACACUCCAUCCGGCCCAGGCUAGUGGGUCCCUGCUCUGAUCAGCAGGAAGCUGAUGUGUGGUCCCUCCUACCACCUUCUGGAGUUGUGUCCUGCAAAUGAGGAGGAUGCUUCUGGAACCAAGAAAAACAAGAAAACUUUUGUGCCAACAUCCCAAGGUGGGGUGCCAGGCCUCAGUGGUACCAUUGCUAACUUUCUCAGACUUCUGUGCCCUGGCACAAGCACUGAAACUGCAGCAGAUGGCAGCCUUCCCUGAUGUGUGAGGACAGUGGAUAGAGCUCUGGCCCGGACCUGGCUGUGCAUGCACACUGACCAGAGUGUGCAGACAGGGCACGCAGCAGUGGGUGUCUUCCUCUCCUUGGUACCGACACCUCUGAGCUCUCAUGUGGGCUCUGUAGGAAAACAAAGUCCCCCCAUCCAAGGAUAUGCCUUGCCAUAGACCCAUCUGCCAGAGUCAGUUCUGAGACUUGGCUGUGAUCUGCUGAACAGUGCAGCAUCCCUGGCUGCUUCUGGUCUUUCAGUUGCACCUGCUUUCUUGGAGGUCACCUUGGCAGGGAAGUGGCAUACUGUCCCCCAGAAUCCAUUUGUGGCCUCUUUUUUGCUGUCCUGGCCUAUGGGUAUCUUCCACCUGCCUCUCCACUGCUGGAGUUGCAGUUCAGAACCCAGCCACAGCAGCUCAGGUCCACCCCAGAUAUUUGUGUACAGACAUCUUCCCACCCCACAGGAGGAAUACUGAAAAUUGUACCAGGAGGCCAGGCAACCUGCCCAGGAGUCCCUGAGCUCAGAGCUCUUGUGCCUCACCACUGUGAGUCAUGGGCAUGAACUGGUGUGGUCACCACCAUCCUUAUCUCCCUACCUCCUGCAUCCCUGGAUCUUACCCCAUUCUUGAUGCUCCUAUUCCAGCCUCCAGAAAUUCCAGAAUAACCCAGCACAGCCCCACUUGUCCCCCUUGGCUCUGUCUGCCAGGGGCUCUUUUCAGGGAUCAGAGAAACCCCUGGACCUCUAAGAAGACAUUGCUGACAGUGUUCUGAUAGCAGGUGACUCCCUGUAGUAUAGUGGCAGUGUGUCCACAAUACAGUACUUGAAUGAGGGUCCUGAGUCAUGUGGGCCCAAGAAGAGUGGCUGGGCUUAAUCUGUGGGUUUGUCUCUAGUUCCUGCAGUGUGACCUGGGCAUUCUCACUGCCUUGCCAGCUUUAAAGUACCACUGGCCCUGCCACACAGCCUCACAGUAUAGCAAUAACCAUGUCUCAGCCCUCCCCCCCUUGGCUAACACUGCCCAAUUGGGCCACUCUGGUGCUACCCUAUCCCCAACCCCCAAUACUUGCUCCAUGUCCUGAGAUUCUAAGAGCCCAAGGUUAGGGACCGAUCACUCUGGGCCUCAUGUUCCUUCAGCAGGUCUGUGCUGUGGCCAGAUCUUACCCUAGGGCUUCUCCUCUUUGCCCAGCCGACUCAUGUGCCUUUCCUACUCUGGACCUGCCAUCGGUGGUGUCUUGGCCAAGCCUGGUCUUCAAAACUGCAGCCCACCUCACUUUUUGACUUCUGAACACAUUGCAUGACAUGAUCAACAUACUGUUUAUCCCACUGGUAACUGAUGAAAGACUUAAGGCACAGUGAGGAAGUCAGGGAGCCCCAGAUUGAGGGAAGAAGGAAAAUAGGUUGUGUGGGGUCCUCCCCCAUGUCCAGGCUGUUCCUGGGUCCUCAGCACCACCAGCAUAGUGGAACAGUUCCACUUCAAGGGAAAAGAGCCAGGAUCUGAAGGGUCCCUGGCUGAGGUCUCCCAGUAUAGUAGUGGCAUUAACAUUGGGAUCUCAGCCCCAUUCUGAGCAACUUUGCCAUCUGCAUCUCUUUUCCACACUACCUGAACACCCUGUACUUCCUUCAGAGGCCACACUCCCCAUUGCUUGGGCAACAACUUGCUGGGGAUUCAUGAAAGAGAUUAUGAUGCCACACCAACUUCUGACACAUGAGCUGUUCUUUGUCCUGAAGUUGAUCCUUUGGGGAUUUCUGGCCCAGAGCAGGGAGCCUUACCCAGUAUUGGUAAACACGGGCACUACAGGAAGUUAAAAAGCCUUCCAAAACAAGAUCACAGUAAAAAGGGAAUCACCAGCCAGAAACCUACACAGAAGCCUCAGGGUCCAAAACCAGUUCCUAUCUUCUAGAUGGUGCCCAGUGUAUGUAUUGUGUCUGAUGUUUACUUUGGGAGACAAAUAGCCUCAGCGAUACCCUGAUAAAACUUCUAGCAACUUCCUUGCUUUCUUGGUGGGCUGAGAUGGGACUGUCUUCAGCUGUAAAGGUGCAUGCAUGGCUUAUUGAGAAUGACCAGCAUCCAGAAGUCUGGCUUGCAUAUGGGGCUGUGUUUGUAAGCAGGAAUACUCUGGAACACUUGGCCACACACUGUUCCUCAGAUCAGGACUCAGGCUGGUUCAAGUCCUCCCAGAUGUCCUUUUACUAGUCUCAGGGUCCUACUUGCAGCUCAAUGCCCUAAGUUUCAUAAAAGAUCUGAUGAGGCUAUGAAUUCGACUUGCAACUCUGCAACCUCCAGGAUGACAUUUAGGGAUUUCAGCUGUAUCUGUCCUAUGGCUUCAAGAUAUUAAAGAUGCUUUUCUGGUUGUCAAA